AUGGUGCUGACGUUACCACAACCAACGAUAAAAGCAUUCAGAGGAGAUCCCAUAGAAUACUGUGAUUUUAUUCAGGGCUUUGAGCAUCUUGUUGAAGAGAAAACGCCAAGUUCCAGUGCUCGCCUAUACUACCUGAUCCAGUACACAUCAGGACCUGUGCAAGACCUUAUGAAAAGUUGUCUGUCCAUGAAUCUAGAGCAAGGCUACAUCAAAGCAAGAAGGUUGCUGAAAGAAAGAUACAGACAGAAAUACAGAAUCGCCGCAGCCCAUGUGCAGACCUUGACAGAAGGACCAUCGAUUAAAUCUGAGGAUGGAAAUGCUCUUCUACAGUUCUCCAUACAACUCACCAGCUGCACAAAUACGUUGAAAGAAAUUGGCUUGCUGAGCAAGUUGGAUCACCAUGAAAAUCUGAAGAAAAUUAUCAACCGGCUUCCUUUUGGCAUGAGAGUAAAAUGGUGUGAUACUGUCGACCGUAUUAUAGAGAAAGAAGGAAGGGGCGUGACGAUCGAGGAUGUGACAGAAUUCGUGACUGCCAAAGCGAGAGCAGCUACCCAUCCGAUAUUUGGAAAGAUCGUGAAUGAAAAUAAGGGAAAACAGGAAGACAACAAAGGAAAGCGACAAUUUGGCUCCAGAGUGAGCGGUUUCUCAACACUAGGAGAACAAGGAAAACUGAACAAGAGUACAUGUCCGUGCAAUGCAAAUCAUUGGCUAUCGCGUUGCGAUAAGUUUCGCAAACUGUCUCUUGAGGAAAGAAAGAAAUAUGUGAGAGACAACAAACUGUGUUUAAACUGUCUCACAAGUGGUCACUUUGUUUGCUCGUGUGCAAAGCAAAGUUUCUGUAAGGUAGAAGGAUGUUCAGGAAAGCACUCAACCUUUCUUCACCCAAGGUCUACUCAAACUGAUGGAGAGAACAACAGAGAAAGGACGCCUCCAAAGCCGCCAACAAAAGAAGAAGAACGUGAAAAUAGUUCCAGUCCAGCCAACAACGGUUAUGUAAAGAUUUCUUCAAAAUCAAGCCAGUUGAACAGUUCCUUAGUGACAGGUCUUGCUAUCGUUCCAGUUCGAGUGAAGGCAAAAGGAAGAUCUGAAGUCGUCGAAACAUACGCAUUCUCGGGCUCGAACACCUCGUUUUGUACCGAAAGUCUUCUCAAGAAGCUCAAGGAGAGAAGACCAAGCUAUCCUUAA